AGAUUCGGACCGCUGUGUGGACCUUUAGCAACCUCUGCAGAAACAAAAACCCAAUGGUGAAGUUCGAUUUGGUGGCGCCGGCACUGCCGUAUAUUUCUGAGUUAUUGGAGAUUUCCGAUCAGGACGUGUUGGCGGACGCUUGCUGGGCGCUCUCCUACCUAACCGACGGUCCCAACGAGCGCAUAGAAGCAGUGCAAGCCACACCUUCGCUUCUACACCGCCUGAUCUCAUUGCUACAACACGCGAGUCCGGCCGUCAGGACACCGGCCCUCAGAGCCGCGGGGAAUAUGCUCACUGGCUCCGACCGACAGACGGACCGCUGCCUAGACGCGGGCUGUUUGGACCACAUCCUGACUCUACUCCGCUGCGGGAAACCCUCGCUCAUGAAGGAGGCAGCCUGGGCCGCUUCCAACAUCCUGGCUGGCACAAGUGAGCAGAUACAGCGAGCGAUCGAUAAAGGAAUUAUACCGAGACUUCUACAUGUGUUAGCUUCUGAAGAUAUCAAAUGCCAGAAAGAGGCAGCAUGGGCCAUAACCAACCUCUGCCUUGGCGGCAGUGCAGGGCAACUGGACGCGUUACUAUCGGCCGGUGUUCUGGAGCCCUACUGCGCGCUUUUGGCGUCGCCCGACCACCGCGCGGUGACGGUUGUGCUCGAUGGACUGACGAACCUGCUGCAGGCGGCAGUAAAGUACGGUCAAGUUGAGCCUCUGUGUUUGAAACUGGAGGAGAUCGGUGCUCUUGACCAGAUUGAGACCUUGCAGCAACAUGAAAAUGAACAGGUCUACAAAAAGGUGGUGCACAUUCUAGACACAUACUUCGCAGAGCAAGAGGAUGUCUCUGCCCAACCUGCCAAGACGGCGGACGAGUAUCAGUUCGGGACCAACGAGCCUAACCCUAAUUUUAACUUCUAAAAUAAAUAAUUAGUCCAAUACAGUAU